GCUUGGGCGGACUGUGUGGCAGUUAGGUGGGCCGUGCCAAUGCAACCUCGGGCUCCUCCGCUACCAACCGUGGGCGAGUUCUCGGCGCGCGGGGCACUGGCGUGGCGCUCUGACUAUAGUUGUAUCAGUGUGUUAUGAUGCCUUCCCGUACCAACCUGGCUACUGGAAUCCCAAGUAGUAAAGUGAAAUAUUCAAGGCUUUCCAGCACAGACGAUGGCUACAUUGACCUUCAGUUUAAGAAAAGCCCUCCUAAGAUUCCUUAUAAGGCCAUUGCACUUGCCACCGUGCUGUUUUUGAUUGGCGCCUUUCUCAUUAUCGUAGGCUCUCUCCUGUUGUCAGGCUACAUCAGCAAAGGGGGGGCAGAUCGAGCUGUUCCAGUCCUGAUCAUUGGCAUUCUGAUGUUCCUUCCCGGAUUUUACCACCUGCGCAUUGCCUACUAUGCAUCCAAAGGCUACCGGGGUUACUCCUAAGAUGACAUUCCAGACUUUGAUGACUAGCACCCACCCAGCCCUGAGGAGAAAAGUCACAAUGGGACUACACCUAGCUUUGAGAUAUUGAGCAAAAACUAUGGCUAAGGGCUAAGGAAUUUUGCAGUUUGCAAUGUUAAAAACAAUGUCCAGAUUUUGGUUCCAUCCCCAAGAUGUUAACUAAGCUUACAAUUAGCUAAUUAGGACAUCCUCUGCUUUUCAGCUUCUGGCCCUGGCAAAGCUCCUGACAAGUCUUUCCACUGGAAUAUGUAUCAUGGAACAAUAGCAAUGUUAAUUGUCUAGGAAAACAGGAGGUUAUUCUGUAGUGGAAAGUGUUGCUGCCACCGCCCUCUUUAGAGUUGAGUGUUUCUAUUAAAUGGUCUUCAUUGUCAAUUUGUUCUAGCCACAAAUGGAAGAAUGCAGCAUGUCUAAUUUCUUACUACUAAGUAAUUUAUUUUUAAAAAAUCUAAGUUUAUCCCCUCUAGUUACUUCUGCAUUCAUGUUCUAGUGUAAAACCUUGGUAAAAUUAAAUAUCAGUGUGCAUGUAUCUGUAAUAUUUUUUACUCUCUUUCUUAUUGACAGCAACCAGGAAUUUUUUAAACUGCAGAGCAACUUUUCAAAUGUAAACACCUUCUCUGUUUACCAAUCCUUGGCCAGCUCUGAGCUAUAUCACCAAUAGGUUGAACAGCAUAUAAUAUGGGUCAUUAUGUCCUUUGUAGAUCAAGAUGUUCUGUAUAUCAUGCCUUUAAGGACUGGACUUUUGGCUGUUUCCUAAUGAAAAAUGUAGAUAGGUGUUGUUAUUUAGAGUUUAUAACCCUAUUGUCAGUACCUUGUAUUAUGUUCUCAUUCUGUGAAAGAUCAGAAGUCUGGAUCCCUAAAGACUAUACUGCCUUACUUAGGCUGAUACUGUUUCCUAGCUUGCAAAAAGUGACUUAUACUCAAAUUAAAAUGUUGAAAUCCAAAUCCUAAA